GCAGUCGUCAUUUGCCAGUCGGUCGUCACCUGUUGCAGUUCGUUGGCAAGUGACACGCGCUUAUUUUAUUAAUUUUUAAUUUAUUAAUUAAUUCCAAGUCUCAAAUGUACUUACAUAAGCGGAUUUGUUUGACAGCUGAUAAAAUAAAGUUGCGGUAAUAUAUAAAUAUAUAAAUUCAUUGCGGUUUAAUUAAUUUUUUCAUUCGCCGGGAUUUAGUAUUGUUUAUUGCGGGUCGGACAUUUUGACACUGUGUCGAAAUAAUUUAUUUAAUCUCAAUUUUUUAGACUAAAAUAAAUUGUAAAUUUUUUAAUUUAUUAUUUUGACGGCAAUUUAUUAAUUGCAUGAAAAAUUUAUUUCAAUUUAUAUUUUACGCGUUGAAGGGUUAGAACUAUUAUCUUAUCUGAGUUGAGCUUGGACAUUUUUUAUCGUUGUGAAAGUGCCAGGGUAAUUUGACAAUUAAAAAAAAAUGAGUAUUCAAGCGACGAUAAAAUUCCCGAGUGUUAAAAAAUUGACGUUCUACGGUGGAAAAAACGAGGAGAAACAAGACUUCACCAAUGCGACUGUGAGGAACACGCCGUCGAGUGUGAGAUACGUCUCGAAAGUCAAAAAAAUAAUGACCAUCAGCAGCAGUGAGUCCGAUGGAGACUCGGAUUGUUCCGACUCGGAGAAUUCUAAGAAACGCACUCAGGGAAGUAAAGUUGUUGCUGCUAAAACGAUUACAAGGACUUCCAGAAGAAGACGCCAAAUAUCUAUUUCUAAUGACAGAGAGGAUGUGAUCUCGCCACCAAAGCAAAGAAAACCAGAAUCACCAAAGACACCUUCAACUUUACUGAAUAAAUUAAUUCUAACAUCGCCAACAAGCAAGAGAAAUCAUCUGGCACCAAAGAAGCUGUUCGCGGAAAAAUAUCAAAGCGCCAGGAAAGCGUUACACAGUUCAGUGCCCGAGAAUCUUCCGGGUCGCGAAUCUCAGCUUUUGGAGUUGAGAAAUUUCAUCAAACAGCAUUUAGAAAAUGAGACCUCUGGCUCUUUGUAUAUAUCAGGCCCUCCAGGAACUGGCAAGACAGCCAGUCUGUCAAAAAUAAUGCUGGAGCCAGAAUUCAAAUCGGCCUUCAAAAUAAUCUAUGUAAAUUGCACGACUAUGAAGUCAGCAGGCACAAUCUACACGAAAAUACUCCAGGAGCUCAAAGUACCAGCACCGAAAUCUGAGAAAGCUGGAAAAGCAGCCAUAGAAAAGUACUUGAGGUCGUCUCACAAAACAGUCCUUUUAGUUCUUGAUGAAAUCGAUCAGCUGGAGAGCAAACGUCAGUCUGUUUUGUAUUCAGUGUUCGAGUGGCCGUCUAUCCCAAACUCAAAUUUGCUGCUCGUCGGCAUUGCAAAUGCUCUGGAUCUCACUGAUCGUAUUUUACCCCGGCUUAACGCUCGCUGCGAAUUGAAGCCCAAAUUGAUGCAUUUCGCUCCUUACACCAAGGAACAAAUCGUCAACAUAAUUGCUGAGAGGCUGAGAGAAGCCAAUGUAGCGGAUGUUUUUACGGGGGUCGCGAUGCAUAUGCUUGCUGCUAAAGUUGCUGCUAUCUCUGGGGACGUUAGGAGGGCUUUGGACAUCAGUAGGCGCGUUGUUGAACUUGCUGAAAGUCAGAGGAACUCUGUUUUGAAGCCUUCUGUUGAUAAUUGCAAUAAUGGUGGGAGUCCAAAGAAGGAGAAUGUUGAAGAAAAACCAGUUGAUUUAAAAGAUGUAAUUGCUGUGUUGAAUGGCGUGUAUGGUGGCUCACAAAAUAUCCAACAAGAAGAUGAAGAAGAUACGUUUCCUUUGCAACAAAAAUUAUUAUUGUGCUCGUUGAUGCUUAUACUUAACAAAGGACGCAAUAAAGAUGUUACUAUUAGUAAGUUGCAUGAAGUAUACAAAAAAGUAUGCAAAAAACGUAACAUCCACACAGUAGACAUAUCCGAAUUCGUAGGAGUAUGUUCAUUGAUAGAAACUCGAGGAAUUCUGCGUUUGGUGGGUAAAAAAGAGCCUCGAUUGUCAAAAGUGAGCCUCCAGUGGGACCAAAAUGAGCUGGAAGCCGCAUUGCAGGACAAAAAAAUGAUGGCUGAAAUAAUUAACGACACAACGUGCCUUUAAUUUUAUUCGUGAAUUUUAAAGUAAGUUUAUUUAUUGAGUUAUUUAUUCAAAGUGUUAAAAGUUUACAAUUUACUUUUAAACUGAGACCUGAUUAUUAAAGUUAAAAUUAUUUAGCUGUUAUUAACUGAGAUAUUAGUUAAGCGCAUGUUGACUGAAAUUGUAAUAAAUAAAUUAUUUUUAAUCAAAAA